GUUGAUACCACAUGCAGGAAUCUGCUUGUUGCAGAAAGAACGGCAAAGCCACGUUAUGGACCCCUUCCCAGAUGAUUUAGUGAUUUGGUCCAGAGCCUGUUUCAGAGCCAAUUCUUUCUUGGACAGAUUAUCUUUUCCUGUCACUCUCAUCUACCUUGAAUCCUUGAUACAACACUCUUGUACUAAAAUUAGGUAAUUUUACUCGAGUCUAAUAAUUAAUUCUAUAGAAGCUUAAUUAUCAUUUAUGUUUUUUUUGUUUAUUUGUGAGUCCUGCUACAUGUGAACGGUGUGCGUUUCAGGCAGUCAGUUUUCCUGAGAUUGAAGCAUAUGGUUUAUUGCCCGCUUUGCUUCAAAUAACAGGCAGUUGAGGUCUGGCCUAAGAGUAUUAUAUCUUGAGUUGAGUAACUUCAACCCAGUCCCAGAUUCUAUUAAUUUCAUAUAUGCUUGUUGUGAAAGUUUGCUGAGAGAUUCGACAUGAAUGAUUGGAUAAGUUGGCUGCCUGAUGACAUUCUAGUUUCUAUAUUGUCUUCCCUUCCGCUGAAGGACGCUGGGCGCACUAGUGUUCUUUCAUCUCGUUGGAAGAACAUGUGGAAAAACACCUCCCACCUCAACUUUGUUGAUGACAGUGCAUUGGACAAGAUUGGAAAAGAUCAAAGGCAACGCAACAUGGAAAGGAGCAAGUAUGUAAGAUGGGUGAACUCAGUCCUCAAAUCUUUACUCCACAAAGGAGGGCUCACCUUGGAAGACUUCAGGAUCUGUUUUGAUGUAGGAAAAUCAUCCUCUGAGGCAAUUUCGCAGUGGCUUAAAUUUGCUUUUGAGAGACAAGUUGAAAAGUUGGAGUUGGACCUUCUAGAAUUUGGCCAUCACAUGUCAUUGCCAGGGAAUGUCUAUGUCUUCCCAGAUAAAUUCUUGUUCCAAAAUUCAUGCGUCCUUCACUGCCCUCAUCCUCCUACAACGUGUACUACACUUUUUAACUUUAAAUCCCUCAGAUCAUUGUCUUUCAAGAAUGUUCAGGUGAGUGGUGAAGCUAUUGAGUUUUUCUUACAUAACUGUCCAUUCCUCGAGCAAUUAAUUCUCCACGACAUAGAGAAAUUAUCAAAACUUGAAGUUUGUGGCUCAUGCCUUGUGUUAAAACACUUGGAGCUAUGCUGCAUCUAUGAUUUCAUAUCCCUUGAGGUGUCUGCACCAAAUCUAAUUUCACUUUCAGUUGGGACAACAAAUGGACUCGUGCUUAAGAAUGUUCCAAUGCUUGUUGAUCUACAUAUUCGUUGUGCGAAAGUUGAAAUUCCAUUGUUAGUUCCUGCACUAUGUUGCUGCGUUUCACAAUUGGAGAUUCUUUCCUUGUUCCUGGAGAUGCAUCGGGCACAUCAUAUUGUGAUGCUCAACUUCCCUGACAUGCCUAAACUGAAGAGGUUGGACCUAAGUUUUCAGGCAAACCGUAAAGCCCGUGAUGAAAGUGUUCUUAAAUUAACUUCAUUAAUCAGGAAAUUUCCCAUCCUUGAAGAAUUUGUGUUAGAGAUAAUUUGGUUUGGGUGUUAUACAUGGACUGGCAGAGAAGUAACUAAGGUUACACAAUUUCCUCACCAACACCUUAAGGUGUUCAAGUACUUAGGAUAUGAUGGCCACAGCAGUGAUUCUGAUGCAGUAAUGUUCAUUUUGGAGAAUUGUGUUGUGCUUCAAGAAAUCAUUAUUGAUCCCAUUUGUCCACCAUAUCCGUGGCAUGCACCCCUAGGUAAGAGGGAAUUGGAAGCGGCACAAAUGGUAAGGAGUUGUGCGAAGCAGCUUUUUGAGCCCAGAGUCUCAGAGCAUGUAAGAUUAAUUAUACAAUGAUCUAUAUGUUCAUCAUUCACAAUAAUCCAUUUGGAAGAUCGGAAGGCUCUACUGUUGGCAUUUUAGUUGAUAAUAUGAGGGAUCUAUCUGAUAAUUUUAAUAGCAUUAAUUUUGUUGUUCAUGUGAAGCAAUCGGUGAACCAAGCAACACGUGAUCUGGCUAUGCUGGUUAGUUCUAUGUCUAGUUGCUAUGUUUGGCAUCAUCUUCCUCGUGCUUGUAUUUGCUCUUCAUUGAACCAUGGUCUUAUUAAUAUAAGGUAGUUUGUUUUAUGUAAAAAAACAAUAAUAAUCCGUUUGAAUUAAAAAAAAAUUGUUCUUUCUUGACAUUUAGGUAAACAAUGUUUGUACACAUUAAGUUGAGUCGAGUCGAGCUGAUAUACAAUCAUUAGUUGUGAAACUAAG